CUGGGAACUCCUGCUGGGGGGUGCUCAUUAGCCAUCAGGUCUGGUGGAGAGGCUGCACUGAGCCUCUUGUGGCCGGCCCCUCCCCACGCAGGGGUCCUGUUCAGCAUCGAGGUCAUGUCCUCCCACUUUGCUGUCUGGGAUUACUGGAGGGGCUUUUUCUCCUCGGUCUGUGGGGCCUUCAUGUUCCGACUCCUGGCUGUCUUCAACAGUGAGCAAGAAACCAUCACUUCCCUCUUCAAGACUAGAUUCCGAGUGGAUAUACCCUUUGACCUACCAGAAAUCUUCUUCUUUGUACUACUUGGGUUUGUCUGUGGGAUCGUGAGCUGUGCCUACCUCUUUGGCCAUCGCAGAUUUGCAUUGUUUGUUCGAUCAAACUGGAUUACCAAAAAACUGCUUGCAACAGACAAGCCUGUGUACUCAGCCCUGGUGGCCCUGCUUCUGGCCUCCAUCACCUACCCACACAGCCUGGGACGAUUCAUGGCCUCCAGGGUGCGAGGAGGAGCUGCUGCCUUCUCAGGAGCAGUGACUCACACCAUCUCCACAGCCCUGCUGGCCUUCGAGCUGACGGGCCAGUUUGUCCAUGUGCUUCCUGUACUGAUGGCUGUGCUGGCAGCCAAUGCUGUGUGUCAGAACUGCCAGCCUUCCUUCUACGAUAAUGGCAUCAUCCUGAAGAAGCUUCCCUACCUGCCCCGGGUCCUAGGCCGCAAACUCAA